AUGGCUGUCUAAGUACCACACCAUUUAUCAUCACCACCCUCCUUAUAUUUCACACAAAUUCCUUCAUUGUCUCUUCAAUAUCUUUACUCUACUCAAAAUUAUGGCAACUCUGCAAUCUCUUGCAUUAGCCUCUCCUGUUUCACAUUACUUGCACCAACCAUGUUCUUUCCCAGGCUCAGUUACAUGUGCUGUCCAUCGUAGUAGUACACGAUCCUCGUUUAAUGGCCAAUCUUUGCGCCUGCCUCAUCCGCAGUUGAGUUCGAUUAGGAAGAAAACCUCGAGACUUAUUACAAUGAUGACCAAACCAUCAAUUCAAUUCAUCCUAGGGACUGAUGAACAGACGGUACCGGACAUAAAGCUAACCAAGUCAAAGGAUGGGACGAAUGGUAUGGCCAUUUUUGUCUUCGAAGAGCCUUCUGUUUUUGACUCUUCUGGUGAACUCGGCGAUAUAACUGGUUUGUUCAUGAUUGACGAAGAAGGUGUUCUCCAAUCAGUUGAUGUUAGUGCUAAAUUUGUUAAUGGAAAGCCAGCCAGAAUUGAGGCAAAGUAUAUCAUGCGUACUCCACGAGAUUGGGACAGAUUCAUGAGGUUCAUGGAGCGAUAUGCUAAUGCAAAUGGCUUACAAUUCGUCAAAAGUUGAGGCAAUGUAUAUCCUUUCCAUCUGUUUUGCAUUUAACAAUUUGUUUUAAUGUAAAUUAGUCCGAGAACAUAUUGUUUGAUGUUCAUGUAGGUUUGGUUGAACUCACAACUCAGAGUUACCUUAUUCCUUCCAUCUCUUUAACAAGUUCUGCGGCUUUUCGUGAUUUACAA